AUGAUCGAUCCAUACCGGAGGCAGCCAGGAGUCUACCGACACGUGUUUGUUAACACAAUCUCCGUUGUCAGAGGUAAGUCCACAUACCUAGGACAUCCCACGAUGCGACCCAGAGGUCGGAUCACGAAAAGAUCCCCUUAUACAUCAUGCGGAGAGCCGAACCGUAGUUUCGAAACUCUCGCCGAUGUAACCUCAGUCGGAAAGUACCACUCGCGAGAAUUUGCUCAUGUCCGCUUCACGCUACAAAUAACUAGCACCGCGGAGAAGUCUGUGCCAGCUGGUGGGACUGGGGGAGUAAGUAGUUCCCUCUGCCUCGGCUGGAAAACACUGGAAACUGACCAAAACAUUAAUCCCAGCCGGUCUGCCAAGAACGAGUGA